AUGUGGAAAUUUAUGCAGAGUGCCAAUCGUAAAUGGGGGUUGAAUAUGAAAACCUUCCGCCAUCUAUACUCGUGGAGCAUUGGCCCUAAUCGUACUGAUUUCUGGCAAGAUAUGUGGACCGCCUGCAACUUGAUUUACUCGGGCCACUACCGUCAGGUUGUUGACACGUCCAUACCCAUGGACCAAAACCCUCACUGGUUCCGCGGCACAUACAUCAACUUUGCCGAAAACAUUCUCUAUACCGCCUCGCCCUCGGACCCGUCUCGUCGCACCACCCUACAUAAAGAAGACUCCAAGGUUGCACUGACAGAGAUUCGCGAGGGCAACACUGAAGUCGCGCAUCUGACCUCGAGUAGCACGGAUAUGGGCACAAAGGGCAUUCUGGAGCGCCUCUUGCAGAUCAAGCCCAAGUAUGUCUUUGUCGAUGACUGGGCAGUCUACAACGGGAAAACCAUGGACCUUCGCCCCAAGAUCAGCAAACUCGUGGCCGGCAUGCAAGCUAUUAUGGAAUUCGAGGGUGUGGUAACUCAGCCCCGAUUUCCCGGCCACGCGGCAGGUGUAGAUGGUCUCGGUAGCACGCAGACACUAGAGGCUUUCCUGCAGGCUGCAGAUGGCAACGAAGAGUUGGCGUUUGAGCGUGUCGCCUUUCGCGACCCUUUUCUCAUUGUUUAUUCGAGCGGGACAACAGGCAUGCCCAAAUGCAUAGUUCAUUCCACUGGAGGAGUUCUGGUCAAUGUCUGCAAGGAGAGUAUUCUGCACAAGGAAAUGACGCCUGAGAGCGUAGUUUUACAGUACACAACCACGGGCUGGAUCAUGUACCUAGUGUCUGUACAAAUCUGCCUCUUCGGAUGUCGAACCAUUCUCUAUGACGGCUCACCCUUGCAGCCCUCACCACAUGCCUUCCUUUCAAUUCUGCAAGACCAGCGCGUCACCGAUUUUGGCACUUCGCCGCGCUUCCUUCACGAGCUGCAAAAGCGCGACAUCAAGCCCCGCAACUUGUUUGACCUGGGACACCUCAAGAGUGUCGGGACAACGGGCAUGGUGCUCCCAGAGGCGCAAUUCGAAUGGUUUUACGACUACGGCUUCCCGGCUGCAGUCCACCUCCGCAACAUCUCAGGCGGCACUGACAUUGCCGGCCGCUUUGGCAUGGAGAACCCUCUUGAGCCUGUGUAUGUAGGCGGAUGUCAAGGGCCCUGUCUAGGCACCAAAGUCGAAGUGUACGAUACUUGUGUUGAGUCUGCACGCGGCGGCAUGGCUGUUCCAGAUGGCCAGUCUGGCGAGCUCGUUGCUACGGCCUCGUUCCCCAACCAGCCCGUGUGCUUCUGGGGCGACGACUCGUCAGGCACGCGGUAUAAAAACGCAUACUUUACGCGCUUCCCGCAUGUCUGGACCCACGGCGACUUUAUCCAGAUGCAUCCUGUGACGGGGCAAAUGAUUUUUCUCGGGCGCGCAGACGGCGUCUUGAAUCCGUCCGGAGUCCGCUUUGGCUCUGCGGAUAUCUACAGCGUCAUCGAGGCGCAUUUCCCAGAGAUUGCGGAUAGUCUUUGCGUGGGACAGCGGCGGCCGCACGAUGCAGACGAGAGCGUGAUUUUGUUUCUAAAAAUGGCAGAAGGGUCGGAGUUCCACGAGGCGCUUGUUGAGCGUGUCAAGAGCAAGAUUGCCGAGGAGAGGACAAGGAGACAUGUGCCUAGGUUUGUGUUUCAGACGUGGGAUAUCCCGACAACUGUCAAUCUCAAAAAGGUCGAACUCCCCGUCAAGCAAAUCGUAUCCGGCGUCAAGAUCAAGCCAAGCGGCACGCUACUGAACCCACAGUCGCUCGAGUACUAUGAGCAGUUUGUCCAGGUCGAAGAUGUGGUCAAGAGACUGGCUAAUGAAAAGAAGGCCAGGCGGAGGAGAACGCUGUGA